UCGGUAGCCUGUUCCGGCGCGGGGGAUAGCAGACUCGAUUCGACUCGACAUCCAACCAAGAAGAAAACGCACGAUGCAAUUUUCGCUGAUUGCAAAGUCAAACUAUCUGAUCAGAUUUGAGAAGAUUCUUCUUUCUACAAGGCGGGCCAGAGGAUUAAUAAUAUAAAUGGAUUGAUUGUUAUCAACAAUGAUGUGGAUGGUUUCAUCAUCCAAUAACCUAUCAUACAGAUUACAGAUGCUUAGCUUGUUUCAGGGCACUUUUACCCAGGACUCCAGGAACAAGCCACGCUACCACCUGGCCACUCGAUGCAGACAACGCCCUUGCAGGCGAAACAGUUCCACGGACCACAGCUACAAAACUACGGAGUACAGUUCGUCAGAUCAAUUUGCAGCCCCCCCCCCUCCCCCUGGGCCCUGAGGGGUGCGCUGAUUCGGUCCUCUGGAUUUUCCGGGCACUGGCUGGGUACAGUGGGCAGCCAGCCUGGCAAGUUGCAACAAGAGAUAAGUUAAACCCACCAGCGGAUGCUAGUGGAUGACGGUGUUAAGGCUUUCUAGGGCGCAUUUUCAGGAUUUUCGGUGAUGUCCACGGCCCACGGCCCACGGUCCACGGGUGAGGAUUGGCUCAGAGCGCGCCCAGGCGGAUGGAUUGCCAGUCUUAAUUUGCCAGAGUUGAAAAUUCGACGCUGGAUGAAUUCAUCAGCUCUGAUUAGAGCAGUGAUUGGUCCUGAACGGGCUUCUUCUUUUAAUGUUUAUUUGGUUUUAUCUAUUUAUUUAUUUCAGCCUAUGUAUUCUUGGGCUUUGGAUGGGAUUGUCCGCGGGGACUUGGAAGGAAAAUAGAACUCAUCUUCUACAUCCGCUGCGUAGUAGGUAGCCAAAGCUACGGGGGGUUGGGUUGCGAGAGAAUGAAACCACCGGAUUGACGGAGGGCGAACAAAUUUGACAAAAAAGAUGUCACUGGGGAAUUAACAAAUGAAUGACAGUGGCUAGCAGGGUAGUUAUCCCAUCAGUGCCAGCCAGGUGCAAGGGGCCCCCAUGUUCCCCUUGUCCAAUGUCCAGUUGAUGCCCCCAGACUCCACCCCGAGCCCGCUAAGGAUACUACUACCGCCAAACCAAACACGGCCGGUGGCUUUAUUACUGUCAGUCAUUAAUUCUCUGCGCCGUGCACAACCUUGUAACUACUCCGUACUGUACGCUGUACAUGCACGUACGUCCUUGUACGGGAUGUACGGAUUACAGCGUACGGAGUACAUCCCGUGGUGCUGGCGCUAUUAUUCUCCGUCAGCUCUCUCGCACAAUCUUCCCUCCUCCCAACCAACCACUAGCUAACUCUCUCCGCUUCCACCUCAACCUCCUCCUCCUCCGCCUCCUCCUUCUUUCCUCUCCCUUCUGUGUGCGACUGGGUAUGGUAUAGCAGCAGGAAAUAGAACACUCCUUUUUCUUCCUCCAAUUCAGUCCUUUUUUUUCUUUUCUUCUCUUACGGUCACUCCCAUCCCAUCACACACACUCCUUCUGCCUGGCUGCUGCUAUCCCGUCCUUCCGUCCUUCCGUCCUUCCGUCCUUUUCUGAUUAUUACGACUUCUAAAGACACAAGGGUCCCGCCCCCUUUUCGCGUUACUUCGUUUCAGGGACCACUCUUCCUCAUUCUGCUGGCUCAGGAUUAAAGAUUAAACAAAAACGAAACCUGCUUCGUCGGAUCCAAUAUCACUUACUGUACUACAACUCCCACCCCCAUUCCAAUCGGCCUAUGCUUGUGCCUUGAAGAAUCUAAACUAUACACCGAACCAACCCAGUCCUGCAUCAAUCCAUGCUCUUCGGAAGCAAUACCAAGCACAUACACCCAUCUGCCCGUUGCCCUUAGGUCCUUGAUCCAAGCUGUGGAUCAUUUUGACUACCCCUCCCCCCUCCCUCCCUAACGGCACUGUACCAUCAUUGCCAUCAUAAUUAUUGCCCUCGUUGCAAUUAAAGUCCUGUGUUAAUGGUACCCGGCGCCACAGGGUGACAAGACAAGGCCUUCCUUCCCGCGCUCUCCGAUCGACAAGUGCGAAGAUCUGGUGGAACUGUUCCAUCCACGUCUGCACAAUUGCUGCCCCCCUAAACCAAAGCAAGCAAGCAGCCCAGCAAUCUGCUGCAUCAAUCAUCCUGCCGGUCUUCUGACAGCAACUACGACUGCAUCUCCACUGCAUCACACGCCCUUGCGUCAAAUUCUUCCUUAUUUGCGGUUCUCCAUAUUAUAUCGUCAUUCACUUUGAACAAACUCAUUUAAAUACACGUCCCAGGAUUCCGUCUUUAUCAACUCUCCGGACGCUUCUUUUUCGGGUACCGCUCUGUGGCCGGACUACAAGUAUUGAACCCAGAAAACUCAGAAAACCCAGCUUGGCCUGGCUUUAUUAUUUUUCGCUUCUUCACCUCUACAUUUAGUUUUCGCGGGGUUCCUAGAGGGAGCUCGCGAACGGAACAAAAAGACACCCAUUAUGAAAUCUGCACAUGUACUCCUAUCAGUUUUCGGCACAGUAGUUGUUGCAGAGCACGAGAAAAGGGCAGGUGGUGGAAAAAAAGACAAAGGCCCUACCGAAGCUGAUCUCCUCAAUGACAGUCUCGGACGCCUGUCCCUCUUAGUUGGAGGAUGUGUCCUCGCCUUCUUCCUCGUAUGGCACAAUGCCAUUCGACUUUCAAAUCAUAUACGCCGGCUCACGACCCUCACCAAUGAUUCCCAACGAUAUUUCACAUCAGCAGAUCCCUACUGGGCCUGGUUGAAGAGGUCGGUCGUAUACGCUCCUAUAUUUCGAACGCGACAUAACCGGGAAUUCCGUCUUUCUGCUGCCGUGAACGUUGGCACUCUUCCUACCCGUUUCCAAACUUUCCUCCUGUUGGGGGUCAUUGCCAUGAACGUGGUCCUCUGCUGCGUCACGAUCCCAUAUGCGUCAGAUGAAACCACUGUCCUGGGUCUCAUCAGAAACCGGUCAGGGACCAUGGCAACGGUUAAUUUAAUACCACUCGUUGUCAUGGCAGGGAGGAAUAAUCCUCUUAUCAAAUUACUCAACGUUCCUUUUGACACCUGGAACCUUCUGCAUCGUUGGUUUGCACGGAUCGUGGUUUUGGAGGCCCUCACCCAUGUUAUCGCGUGGAUGGUAAACAAAGUCAAUACAAAGGGCUGGGGGGCGGUCCAAGCAGCUUUCAAAAGCCAAUUCAUCAUGACCGGCCUAAUUGCAAUUAUUUCUUUCGUGGUACUAGCUCUGCAUUCGCCGUCUGCAAUUCGACAUGCAUUCUAUGAGACCUUCCUACAUUUCCACCAGCUCUUCGUGGCCACCGCUUUCGCCACUUUGUGCGUGCAUUUGAAGUCAAAACCUGCACUGAAAUAUAUCAUUUCAGCCAUCGUGCUGUGGGCAGCUGAACGUAUAACCCGCUUUUCCCUCAUCAUUUACCGAAACUUCGGUAAGAAACGGAUCACUACGGCAGUUGUUGAAGUUCUACCCGGAGAGGCGCUGCGCAUCACGUUGAAACUUGUAAGGCCAUGGAAAUUCAAGCCUGGCCAGCACCUGUAUCUCUACAUGCCGUCUGUGGGAUUCUGGAUGUCUCACCCCUUCUCUGCUGCAUGGAGCGAGACAGUAGAUGACCUUACCGAAGAGAAGGGCCUUGUCAAGUCUCGCCAGGAUGUUCUCAGUACGCAGAAGUCAACCAUUUCUUUGAUUAUCCGUCGAAGAACAGGCUUCACAAAUACGCUGUUUGAACGGGCAAGUGCCACCAUGGACGGUCGCAUCUCGCUCAAGGCUGUGGUAGAAGGGCCCUAUGGAAUUGACCACUCCCUCGACUCUUACGGGACCGUUUUGCUGUUCGCGGCCGGUGUUGGCAUCACACACCAUGUAUCCUUCGUCCGUUAUCUUAUUGAAGGUUAUACCCAGGGCACCGUUUCUGCGCGGAGAGUCACCCUGGUCUGGAUCAUCCAGUCACCAGAGCACCUCGAAUGGAUCCGGCCCUGGAUGAACACAAUCCUGUCCAUGGAAGGGCGCCGCGAUAUGCUUCGCAUCAUGCUCUUCAUCACCCGACCGCGAAACACGCGCGAAAUCCACAGCCCCAGCUCAGCCGUCCAGAUGUUCCCCGGCAAACCCAACAUCCAAACGCUCGUGGAUGCCGAGAUAGAAAACCAGAUCGGAGCCAUGGGCGUCCUUGUGUGUGGUACGGGUAGCUUGAGCGAUGAUGUCCGCCGAGUAUGCCGUACGAGGCAAUCCGGAAUCCAUAUUGAUUUCUUAGAAGAGAGCUUCUCGUGGUAGAUUAGAACUAUUUCUUCCAAUUUCUCUCUUUUCCCCCCACCGACUUGUCUCGCUCUUCCUCAACCCCUUGCGGCGCGCUCCGUUUUCCCUUCCGUGGCAGAGUUAAUGCUUACUCUCGCUUUUUGCUCCCCAUCUACGCUUCUUGUACUAUAAGAUGGCGGGGAAAUAAAAAGGGGCCGGAGAGAAAUGAUAUUUUUCAUGUCUAUAUUUUAAUAUAUACAUACAACCCACCCUUCCAUCCACACCUUCUCUAUCCUCUCCUCAUCCUAUCUCUCGAACCCGAUUUGCGACCUUCACGACAAAACAAAUACUUGUUUUCGGUGAUUCUUGUUUGUUUAUUCGCUCACGUACGGAGUACUUUCCGUUUUUCUCAAAAAAAAAAAAAGAAAAAAGAAAAGGGGGGAGAAACAGCCUCCGUUCCGUUCCCCCUUCUUUCUAAAUCACAUUUUAUCAUAUAUAUAUAUUUUCAUUGUACGUAUUUUAGGAUAUAAACUAUGUAGCUUCGGUUUUGUUAUAU